CUCUGGCCUUCUGCUGCCCCGGACGCUCCCGUCACCAGUGUCCCUGGUCCCGUAGUGGCUUCUGCGGGCCUCUGCCCCCAGAACAGCCGCCAGGAGGUGAUCACCAUGUUUUGCGCGAAGCUGAAGGACCUGCAGAUCACAGGGGACUGCCCCUUCUCGCUGCUGGGCCCGGGCCAGGUCCCCCAAGAGCCCGCGGGCCAGGCGGCAGGGGGCAGACCCACAGCUCCGCCCGGAGGGCAGGGCCCCUGUCCCGGCGACCCCGGCAAGAAGCCGCCCGGAGGGCUUCCUCAGAGGAAGAGCAGCCGUAGCCGCGUCUACCUGCACACUUUGGCAGAGAGUAUUUGCAAACUGAUUUUCCCGGAGUUUGAGCGGCUGAACCUUGCCCUUCAGAGAACACUGGCAAAACACAAAAUAAAGGAAAGCGGGAAAUCUUUGGAAAGAGAAGACUUUGAAAAAAUAAUGGCAGACCAAGCGAUUGCAGCAGGAGUCCCAGUGGAGAUCAUCAGAGAAUCUCUCGGUGAGGAGCUUUUUAAAAUAUGCUAUGAAGAAGAUGAAUACAUCCUAGGUGUGGUCGGAGGAACCCUGAAAGACUUUUUAAAUAGCUUCAGCACCCUUCUGAGACAAAGCAGCCACUGCCAGGAGGCAGAAAAGAAGGGCGGGUUUGAGGACGCGUCCAUCCUAUGCCUGGAUAAAGAUCCCGAUUUCUUAAAUGUUUACUAUUUCUUCCCUAAGAGGAUCACUUCCCUGAUUCUCCCCGGCAUCGUUAAGGCAGCUGCUCGCAUCUUGUACGAGACCGAAGUGGAGGUGUCCGCGACGCCCCCCUGCUUCCACCAGCACUGCAGCGAGUUCAUGGACCAGCCCUGCCUGCUCUACUCCGUCCACGUGAAGACCCCCCGACCGGCCCCAGCCCCGGGGAAGCCCCCGUCCUCGCUGGUGAUUCCUGCGUCGCUCUUCUGCAAGACCUUCCCCUUCCACUUCAUGCUGGACCGAGACCUGAGCAUCCUGCAGGUGGGCAACGGCAUCAGGAGGCUGAUGAGCAGGAGAGACGUGCAAGGGAAGCCCCGCUUUGGCGAGUACUUCGAGAUUCUCACUCCCAAGAUCAGCCAGACGUUCGGCGGGAUCAUGACCAUGUUGAACAUGCAGUUUGUGGUCCGCGUGAGGAGGUGGGACAGCGCCGUGAAGACAUCGUCCAGGGUGAUGGACCUCAAGGGCCAGAUGAUCUACGUGGUGGAGUCCAGCGCCGUCCUGUUCCUGGGCUCGCCCUGCGUGGACAGACUGGAGGACUUCACGGGCCGCGGGCUCUACCUCUCGGACAUCCCCAUCCACAACGCGCUGCGGGACGUGGUCCUGAUCGGAGAGCAGGCCAGGGCGCAGGACGGCCUGAAGAAGAGGCUGGGCAAGCUCAAGGGCACGCUGGAGCAGGCCCACCAGGCCCUGGAGGAGGAGAAGCGGAAGACGGUGGACCUGCUGUGCUCCAUCUUCCCCUGCGAGGUGGCGCGGCAGCUGUGGCAGGGCCGGGCCGUGCAGGCCAAGCGGUUCGGCGACGUCACCAUGCUCUUCUCGGACGUCGUGGGCUUCACGGCCAUCUGCUCGCAGUGCUCCCCGCUGCAGGUCGUCACCAUGCUCAACGCGCUCUACACCCGCUUCGACCGGCAGUGCGGGGAGCUGGACGUCUACAAGGUGGAGACCAUCGGCGACGCGUACUGUGUGGCUGGGGGCUUGCACAAAGAGAGUGACACCCACGCUGUUCGGAUCGCGCUGAUGGCCCUGAAGAUGAUGGAGCUCUCUGACGAAGUGGUGUCUCCCCACGGAGAGCCCAUCGAGAUGCGCAUUGGACUGCAUUCUGGGUCGGUUUUCGCCGGAGUUGUCGGAGUUAAGAUGCCCCGUUACUGCCUUUUUGGAAAUAAUGUCACCUUGGCUAACAAGUUCGAGUCCUGCAGUGUCCCCCGGAAGAUCAACGUCAGCCCUACCACCUACAGAUUACUCAAAGACUGUCCUGGUUUUGUGUUUACACCUCGAUCAAGGGAGGAACUCCCACCAAACUUUCCUAGUGACAUUCCUGGAAUCUGUCAUUUUCUGGAAGCUUAUCAACAAGGAACAACUUCAAAGCCAUGGUUCCAGAAGAAAGAUGUUGAGGAAGCCAAUGCCAAUUUUUUAGGCAAAGCAUCGGGAAUAGAUUAGCCAAAUAGACACCCAGUUGUUAGUCUUUGGGCUUGAGUCCUUGGAGCGUGUGUGGACCUUCUGAGGGCACACUGGCGUGGCAGUGAGCUCAGGAGCAGAAAUAACGUGGGACUAAGUCACCAUCUGCGUUCCUUCCACUUAACAUGACAAAAAUGUAUUCACCUCAAUAUUCAACUCUUCAGAGAGGAAGAAAGAAGGAAAGAAAGAAGCCUCAAAGAGCGACUUUGGGGGACUAUUUCUCAUAUAGAAGAAUAGCUGAUGACCUGUACUCAGAACUCAGCGCCUUGUUCAUAUAUCGCGUGAUUGUAGUGACCUGUGCAGCCUGGUGGAGCCGCCUGCCUUCCGCCCGGGCAAACCCCCUGCUUAUCAAAGCGCUUCUCAUAGUGUUGGUUGCCUUAAAAGUGCUUUUGGAAUAGAAACCGUAGUCUUUGAUACCCUGAGCUCUUUGAACCUUUCAAGUCUGCAUUUUGUUACAUUUCCUCAUUUAACUGUUAGCAUACAUAACGAAAUAGAUUGAGGCUUUCUUCUGUUGCACUCUUUUCUUUUUCUUUUUUUAGAGGAAAUAAGCCAUCAUGGGUUAGAUGCAAUAUGAAUCUAAAGUAGUUCUUCUGUAAAUAUCAAAGAUGAUUUUAUAAAAAUAUUCUCCACAACAUAAUGUGUCGUAACAAUAAAUAUUUCCUUUUUUGACAUUUUAAAAAGUCUAUAUAUGGGAAAGGCUAUUUUAAUUCAUAAGAGCAAUUUCAUUUCUAGUAAUUCAUUUUUGUGUCAUAAUCUUCAGGAUAAAAGAGGGUUACGGCCUACAUUAAAAUGCAAUAAUAUUAUUCUAAUUUACUUUACCCAGAAGCAACAUGGAGUAAACGCAGCAUUCAGGGAAUGAAUCAUAACAUACAGAAGUAAAACAUUCACACACCCAGCACUAAUUUGCACCUAUUUCAGCAGACACCCUCCAUUGCCAGGCUGCGCCAUAUAAAGUUCCAUUGGGCAAAUCUAAGUUCACAACUGGGAAAUAAGACUUGUUCUUUUUGCUGAUAGCUUAGUUUUUAAGUAUUUGUGUUGAACACUUUGGUGUGUAUAUAUGUCCUUGGAACCAUCAGGACUCUGUCUUAAGUACACAUCUGUGAAUAUUUUAUUCUAGUGAAAUUAAUUCAAUGAUAUUUUUAAAGAGGGUAUUAAUAUUGAUGAAGAAAAUUAUGCUGUGAUUUCAUUGUAGAAAUUUCAAAACAUUUUUCUGGAACGUGAACUUUUAAUAAUGUUAAUCUAAGAUCUCUGGUGAACUAAGUAACAUGCAGAGUUUGGUUGGAGAUAAGGAUCUGAUUUUAAAAAGAACGCAACUUCACAGCAAGGGAAAGAGGAGCAUUACAGUGUUUAAAUCAGUAUUAGCAGAGCUAUACAUACACUGAACUCUUAUUUGGGGAUCCAAGGAGUAAGUCAGCUG